GAUUGGGAUUGUAAAGAUGGCCAGCAAAGAUGACGACUAUGAAUGGACAAAGGAUGAUGAUGAUGAUGAUGAUGAUGAGGAAGAAGAGGUAAAGCCUCCAGCGCCACCGGCCAAGAUGGAACAUUAUGAUGACCUCUAUCUCUCAUCCAGUGACCUUUCAUCUUCAGAUGAUGAUGGAGAAGCGAUUGCUGCAACAUCCCCUGGAGAACGACAAGAUUCUAAAGAUACAGAAGAGCAAGAUGAAGAGGAUGAUGAACCACCGGUGAAACGUUCUAAGACCAAUUAUGAUGAUGAGAAUCUCUCUAUCUCAUCCUCCCCGCCAUUGUCUCCUGCUAGUAGUGUAUCAGCGGAUGUGAUCUCACAAGAGAAUACUACCAGCCCCUCAACUCCAAAGAUGCAAGAACAGGAGACAUUGGAUGACGAAAGCGGAAACGAAGAAGAAGAGGAUGAAAAGGAGAGAGAAGAAACACCCAAAGAAGGAUUGAACGAGGGAAAAGAUGAAGAAGGAGAGGAAGAUACAGGGGGUGUACAAUUGCCCCUCUUUAGUGGUAUAGGGGGUAGUCUAGAGGAUUCCAUUAGUAGACCUAGACUUCAUGAGGAUGUAGGGUUGUCACGGCAACCAGAUGCUGGUGAAGGCGUGUCAGGGAGUAGUGCUGAAGGAGAGCAAGGAGAAUCAGGGAGCCUUGGUAGAGAUACAGGAGACAAGGAGAAAAAUGCUCCAGGAGGCUCCAAGGGUCCCUCAGAAGAUACUCCAUCGGCUCCAGUUGAUCCAGUCAGGGAGGCCUACCGUAAGAAAGCAAGGCUUGAUGCAGAAGAAAGACAAAAAAUGCAAAUUCUUGUCUCGGCCUUCUCAGAGGAACAACUCAACCGUUACGAGAUGUUCCGACGAUCAUCAUUUCCGAAAGCCGCAAUCAAGCGCUUCAUGCAGUCCAUCACUGGAAGCUCCGUGUCACAGAACGUUGUGAUCGCUAUGUCAGGCAUUGCCAAGGUGUAUGUUGGAGAGAUCGUUGAACAUGCCCUAGACGUCAUGGAACAGUGGGGUGAUGUACCCCCUCUACAGCCAAAACACAUACGGGAAGCUGUGAGAAGAAUGUCAAGCGAGGGUGGCACGGCGCAUUUCAGGAGGACUAGAGCCUUAUUUAGUUGAUGAACUGCAAUUGUAUUUUCCAGACAUGUGACAUUAAAUAGAGGAUUAACUGCUGUCACCUCAAUAGUGGGCGUUGUGGCGUGCACCUGUAAUCCAAGCUACGUGGGGAAGUUACAAAUUGAGGCAGAGGUUCGAGGUUCAACCCUGGUCACGUCUUUCGGAUGGUGAUGUUAAAGGUCGGUCCCAGACGUAAAUAAUCAUAUUUGAUUGAUACACGUCUGACAAAACUCAAAUAUACACACCCACCUCAAUACCCAUGGAAGCUUUGAUAAAAAAACUGGAAGGACUUCAUGAAGAAUGUAGUAUUUUCAAUAGAUCUGAUAUACUACGUUAUUUGAGGUUUGAUAACAGUGCAAGAAGAUCUACAGCCCUUGCCCAAAGCUGAGAAUACUCUAGAUAAUGUAAGAACAAUAUCAAGUGAUGGCAUUUUGAGGGGCUUGGAUGGUCUUUGGUAAAAAAAAAACUGUUGCAAAAUAUCUACGAAACUUGAAAGAACUUUUAGCAGUUUGGAGCAUUGUGAUGUGUGCCUGUAAUCCAAGCUACAUGGUGCAGAGGUUCGGAGGAUGGUGAUGUUAAAGGUCGGUCCCAGACAUAAAUAAUUAAAUGGGCACUUCAUCUAGCACAAUGAAUUGUUCUCUUCAUUCAUAAUGGCAAUACUUGUGAAUACCUGUAUGAAACCCAACUAGAAUGUUUCAAAUUCUUGGUUGUAGGAUCGCAAAGUUACUAUAUAUCUAGGAUGACAAUGAUGAUAGUACCCAAAUUAAUUAAAUCAACAAGUGAGGGUCUCUUUUCAUGAACAUUUUGUGAUAGCUUUGGGCUUUGACAAAGUUUUCUGGAAAGUAAUGAUGCAAUAAUAGGUUCAGCACACAUUUUGAGUAUUUGGACACUGCUUAACAAAACUGUUAACUCUUCAGAAGCUUAUAAUAGCUUGUUUCUAGUUAUUCUCUAUUUAUCUGAAUGUAUUCAUACAGAGCCCUGAUUUUCAUAUUUGUUCACAUUUGUGCAUGGAUACAGGUGGGUGUUUCAUAAAGCUGUUCGUAAGUUAAGAGCGACUUUAAGAACGACUGGUGAUCCUUUCUUCUGGUAAAUGAUAUUCACCAUUAAAUGUUCAUUGGUGAUUAUUUAGCGCGUAAGAUAGGAUCACCUGUCAUUCUUAAAGUCGCUCUUAACUUACGAACAGCUUUAUGAAAUGGCCCCCGGGACACAUAAGAGCUUCUAUUACUGAUAAACGAGGCCAUUUUAUGAUAGCCUUGUACUUGGAUGUUGUCUUUUAAUACUCUUUUUAGACAACAUGAUAAAGUUUUACGUGUACAUUUUUAUGCUUUUGCGUGUACAUUUUUUGCUCUUUUUAGACAACAUGAUAAAGUUUUACGUGUACAUUUUGAACUUGACUUGUCAGACGUUUUAUCCGACAGUUAUUAUUAUACAGUGCGUCCCACAAAAAACGAAACCUAGAUUCAGUGAUGAUUUAUAAUAACCUAAUCAUAAAUACAAUAAAUGAAUGAUAUAUCAUAGUAAAGCUUAGGGUCUCUACUUUCAUCUGGCACAACGUAGAAGGUUACCAAAAAAAGUCAUUUGACGGGGGGUAACUGAAUUUCAAAAGGAAAACCACAUGCUUAAAAAGUUCAAUAUCUGCUCUUUAUUUUGAUGCCUCAAUCACAGAAAACGGUCAAGAAUUAGCAAACUUCUGUUCCUUUGAAACAAUGCUUGUGAUUGCCAUAAUUACAUAAAAUAAACAUGUUUUCACUUUUUACCUACCGAAGCUAUCACAUGGUAAACAAAAUAUUUUAUGAAUGGCUGAUCAUCAACAAAACGUAGUGUCGAGUUAGUCAGAAAGCUAGCCUGUAAAACCUCUUCAUUUGAUGAAAUUAUUGAAAUUCAAGCCUUAUUUCAGAUAAACAGAACUUUAUUUCUUGACCAUUUUCUGUGAUUGAGGUAUCAAAUUAAAGAGCAGAUAUUGAACAAUUUUAAAAUGUGAUUUUCUUUUUGAAACCCAGAUACCACCCGCCAAGUGACUUUCGGUAUCCUUUCUUCCAAUUAUUUUACUCACUUAUGUUUGAAUGAGAAAUCUUCUAUGAUGUACCAGAUGAAAGAGGAGACUUUAAGCUUGAUAGAGAUAGGUCAUUUGUCUAUUGUAUUUGUGAUUAAGUUAUGAUAAAUCAUCGCUAAAUCUCAGUUUUGUUUUUUUGUGGGACGCACUGUACAGUAAAAUUUAGUCACUUUUGCUUCUCUGCCCAUCAAAACCAAGGAAAGUUGUCAUCUUACAGUUUGUCAGAUAACAAAUGUUGAUUAAACACUCUACAGAGAUGUGAUCAAUAUUCUUGUAAAUAUCUUUUCAUAAAGAAAAACCUUUGUGGUGUUAUAUAUAAGAAGAAUUGUAAGAGCAAUUACAUUCAUUGUAUUUAGUUAUUUUCUCUUUAAGGAUAUUCAUAGCAUAUAAUGAUUAAGAACAUUCCAGAAUGUCUCACUAAAGCUUUGUUAGACAUGAGUAAUAUUUGUUAUUUCUGGAAUUUGCAAACAAUAGAGAAUGUAAACAAUAGAGCCUGUCUGCAGUGGAAAAUGGACAAUAGGAUUAGCUAUUUUGUUGACAUUGUUAAUUUCACUGAGGACAUUCAAGAAUGUUCUAAAAUAAGACUGCUCCAGAAAGAAGGAGAAUGUUCUUUUUAAAGACAAUACUAGAAGCUUCCAGAAUAGUGAAUACUACAAACUUCCAGAAUAGUGAAUAAUUUAUAUAUAAGCUGGCAGUUUCUUCAAGGAGAUCAUCAUAUCAGAUCAGAACUCAGAGUUUCACGCCAGACUUUAUGUCAGAGCAGUUUAUUUCUACCUGGAAUAUUUGUCUUCUGUGGAAUUAUUUGCACGCCAUCAAUGAACUAUUUGCAGUUACUUUGAGAGAGGAAUUCUCAGUUCUCAUCGAAAUCAUCAACCUGUUUUAAUGAACGCUUUUCAACCCAUGGAUUGCUGAAAUUGACUGUUUAAUCAUCAUCAACAUCGUCUUCACGGACAUUUCAACUCGUUACAGUGACUCUUAUUAUUCAUCGUGCUUCAACAUCGGUUUCAUCAUCGCCAUCAUUGUGAACUUUAAUUUACGGAAUCUUCGCCAACCAACUUUGAUUUUAUCUGGACUAUCAUAACUUUGGAAUAACAGCAGAACUGACACUUCAAGAGAUGUACAUGUAAGAUCAAUAUUGAUGUAUGUUUUGUUAGUUUAUGAUUGUUACAUGUACUGUAAUAAAAAAAGGGAAAUCAGAUAUAAAAUCUAAAUUUUUUUUAAUUGUUAUUUGUUGCAGUAUCGUAACAGUGGUAAAAUAAAUUGUAAUACUGUAUGCUUU